AUGGAGUCCACAGGGCUUUGCGGCCCCAUCAAGGCAACUUUUUGGGAGCUUCACCGACAGCUCGCAGAAUGCUACGCCUCCGAUGUUGCAGCUGCUCAAGGAGGUCGACAACAAGAACAGAAACUGUCGAAAGCAGGAGACGCGGUCACUUCCCUUCAGUUCAAGUUUGAGCAACAUUUGCAGACCCCUGCGAUCACGAAUGAGAGGCGGCUUAGCAACCACUCCAUUAUCUCCAUCGAUCCGCUCGGGGCACGAAGUGAGCGGGCCAUGGUCUUGGAUCCGACCCGCAGUGAGCGGCUAAGUGCCAAAGACCGCAUUGAGACAGUCAGGGGCAGGAGAAAGCAGACAAUGAAAAUUCUCGGAAAAGUGCAGGGCGUGGAUGUGCCAGAUGAGGGCAGCAGCGCACACAUCAAUCUGAAGCUGCACGAAUGCUGGGAUGCAAACAAGCUUCAGAAGAAGGUUCCCGGAGGGAACAGGGACAAGCCUACUGGAAGCGGUGAGGAUUCCGCGCAGAGGAGUUAUGUGUUCCAUCCAGCCGGAAUGUUCAGAACUGUUUGGAAUAUGAUUACAGCCUUGUGCGUCCUGUAUGAUCUUAUCGUCAUUCCGCUGUAUGCCUUCGACCUGCCGAACAGUGCCCCCUUGAUUGUCUUUGGAUGGAUCAUCAUGCUGUUUUGGAAUUUGGACUUGGUCGUUUCCUUCCUGACGGGCUUUUACGAUGAGGGAGCGCUCAUUCUAUCACCUGCUCGAAUUGCUGUCCACUAUGUAAGAACUUGGCUUCUUUUUGACAUCAGCUUAAUCUCGUUGGACUGGGUAUUGGCUGGAAUGGACAUGACGGAGUCAGGGGAAGAACAGGCAGCGUGGUCGCGCACCUUGCGCAUGCUCCGCUUCCUCAGAUUGAUACGUAUGCUGAGAUGGAUUAAGCUGCGGCAAGCAAACGAAGCUCUGCAAGACCUUCUUCACUCACAGGUUAUGAGCUUGUACUACGGCUUGGCGAGCAGUAUCGCGCAUCUCAUGGUUCUGAACCACUUAAUCGCUUGUGCAUGGUUUGCGGUGCAUCACCUUGCUUCGGACAAUUGGGUGAUCGCCAGCCAGAUAAAAGAGAGCGAGAUCAUACAUCAGUACCUUGUGUGUCUCAACUGGGCCUUUGCUCAACUUGGAGUGGGUUCCAGUAAUGCCAAGCCCGUCAACAGCCUGGAGUUUGCCUUUUGCAUCAUCAUUGCUUUCCGAUCGCUCAUUACAAGCUCUACCUUGAUCAGCACAGUCAGCAACUUGAUGGCCGGCUUGAGCAAGAUCAAGGAGGAUGAGACCAACGAGUUUCGAUUGUUGCGGGCCUACCUCGCAGCAAAUGAAAUCCCACAGCAGCUCACGCAGAAGGUUACACAGUUCCUGCAGUUUCAAUAUGCUUUACGGCAAGAAGCGAGGUCAGCAGAUAUGCAGGUGCCCUUGCUCGAGAUGCUCUCACAGCAGCUGCAGGGAGAGCUUCAAUUCGCUCGAUAUCAGAGAUCGCUUUGCAAGCUGAAAUUCAUUGAGGACCUGAUUGACGACCCAGACCUACAAACUUUGCAGGUCCUGCACCGCUUGGCCAUGACUGCAUUGAACAAUACAAUUGUGGCAGCAAAGGAUGUGAUCUUUCUUUGUGGCAGCCAGGCAGUGGCUGCGUCAUUGAAGCUGAGUGGAGCUUUGACAUAUUUCCAUGAGGAUGGGACGAAAACGAUUGAUUCAUCCACUUGGGUGGCAGAGGUUUGCCUUUGGACGCCAUGGAUUUUCAUGGGUGACCUGGUUGCUGAUGAUGUGACGCGCUUGGCCCUGCUGGAUGCUGAAAGUUUUUGCGGAAUCCUUUCGCAGAACUGGCAAACCCAAUACGCCGCCCACCGAUACGCAAAGGACUUCCUGGAAGCACUGAAGAAGCAGGAGAGCUGGCUAGACGUGCUGGAGCGGGAGGAUGACAGCGAAUUUGCCAGCGUCGACGGGAGCAAGACAAGCGCCCCCAGGGCGGUGAAGAUGCAAUGCUGUCCGCGAAUGCUCGGUGGAAGGAAGCAGCUUUCACAGGUGGUAGCAUCGACCCCUCCCGCACAAUCUUCUGGUGUUCUUCGUUGA